UCUAAAUUUUAAUGUCAUAUUCGGUUCCCUAACCUGUGCUUGUAGAAGUGAUUAGUGUAUUUAAUGUGUUUUCGCACCCAACCCUGAAUGGCCUUUUCUAUAUUUUAACAUCAUACGAACAUUUGAGGUUAUUCUAAUGGCAGUUGAGUGCAUGUCUCUUAAUACGGUGCUUUACUAUUUUUGUGGCAAUUGCAGAAUUUGUAAUUGAUGCAAAACUGACAAGAGUGGUGGAGUUAUACAACAGCCAUCUUUAUACCAUUUACUUAUAUGUGACCAGAAUUUUGUGUGGCUUCUGGCCUGCUAUUGUAUAAAAAAUACUAUUUUCAGUGAUAUUACAUUAAUAAGAUGGCUCAACAACAAGGAAGAAGCAUAUUGGCUAUGAUAUUUAGAAAUUUUAUACAGUCACUAAAACCAAGAAAGAUUCGAGGAGACCUUGUUGGAACAGAUUAUUUUGGAAACAGAUAUUUUGAAAUUCCAGCUAAUCCACAGAUAGGAAAAAGAAAACCAUCAAGGUGGUUUGAACCAAAAGUGAAGGAAGAUUUUGACCAGGAAAUCCCAGCUGAGUGGGAAGCAUGGUUGAGAGGAAGGAGAAGUAUUCCACCAGAAGAGGAAGAAGUUCUGAGGAAUCUGGCAGCUAUGAAACAGAAGAAGGAGAAUGCUAAAGAAAUUGCAUUAAGAGAAACAUCUGCCAAUGAACAAAACAUUCUAGAACAGGAGAUAAAAGGAAUGGAGUCAUUUCCAAAACAUGAUGAAUAUGAAACCAUGCCUGGAAAAGGGCAGGAAAAGAAAUAAUGUUAUUAUUUGUUUGCUUAUGCUACUGUCAUGACUUAAUUAUCUAAAUGUGUAAAUAAAUUCUGCAUUGGGUUUCACUUAUCUUAA